AUGAAGUUCUCUGCUGACAGCAAGCCCUCCAGGAAUGGAGACAUGAUAGAUCCAAUUGUCCAUUUCUAUUGCAAUGGUUACUUGGGAGUGGAUAGCCAAGUGGAAGUUCAUGACACCAAUCAGCAAGUCCUGGUCCUUCAAGGGAAGACCCUCAUAGCAGUUCCUCAUGAUGGAAAGCUAUACCCAAACAUACUGACAAGCACACCAUGCCGAGAUGAGUCUCUUGAAAAAGGCAAAGGCAAUCCUAUUUACCUGGGGGUAGCUAACCAUAAACUGUGUCUGUGCUGUGCAGAGAGUGAAGGCAAGCCCAAACUGAAGCUGGAGGAGAGGGACAUAAUGGAAUUAUAUGGUACCCAGAAAGCAGAGAAGUCUUUUGUAUUUUUCCAAAACGGAAAUGGCAAUACUUCUACCUUUGAGUCAGCUGCCUAUCCUGGCUGGUUCAUCUCUAGUUCAGAGGAGAAUGGGAAACCCAUCACAAUGACCAAGGAUGUAGGAAAAGAUAAUAUACAUUUCUAUUUCAAUAACAAGAAUUGA